GUGCCCAGUGGGUUUGGUUUGGUGAAAUAGCGAGAGAGCCACUAACCCCACUUCACUGCAAAGGCACAGAAGGAAACCUCUCUACCUAUAUAAACCUACUCAUUUGGCUCCCAACAUGCCAUUACCAAUAUAGAUCUGAUCUCAUUUCUGAAUCUUGCUACUUGCUACUCUUUGUUAAACCCAAAUCUUCAGCUUUAGCUCUCUCUCAUUUCUUCUCCUCUCCAAUGGCGUACGAAGGAAUUCUAUUGGGGAUGGGCAACCCCCUCCUUGACAUCUCCGCCGUCGUCGACGACGAGUUCUUGCAAAAAUAUGACCUGCAGCUCAACAAUGCGAUUCUUGCCGAGGACAAGCACCUAUCCAUGUAUGAUGAAAUGUCUUCCAAGUAUAAUGUGGAGUACAUUGCUGGAGGUGCUACUCAAAAUUCAAUCCGGGUUGCCCAGUGGAUGCUUCAAAUACCUGGUGCAACAAGUUAUAUGGGUUCCAUAGGAAAGGACAAGUAUGGGGAAGAGAUGAAGAAGAACUCAAAACUUGCUGGUGUUAAUGUUCACUAUUAUGAGGAUGAGUCUGCACCAACCGGAACCUGUGCUGUUUGUGUUGUAGGUGGUGAAAGGUCACUUAUUGCCAAUUUGUCAGCUGCUAACUGCUACAAGUUUGAGCAUUUAAAAAGACCAGAAAAUUGGGCUUUGGUUGAGAAGGCCAAGUACUUCUAUAUUGCUGGUUUUUUUCUUACUGUAUCCCCAGACUCCAUUCAGCUUGUUGCUGAACAUGCAGCUGCAACUAACAAGGUUUUCUCAAUGAACCUUUCUGCUCCAUUUAUCUGUGAAUUUUUCAAGGAUGCUCAGGAGAAAGUUUUGCCGUAUAUGGACUUUGUUUUUGGAAAUGAGACGGAAGCUAGAACCUUUUCAAAAGUCCAUGGCUGGGAGACUGAUGAUGUCGAGCAAAUAGCUCUAAAGAUCUCCCAGUGGCCCAAAGCAUCAGGAACACACAAGAGGAUUACUGUUAUUACUCAGGGUGCAGAUCCCGUAGUUGUUGCUGAGGAUGGGAAAGUGAAAAAGUUCCCAGUCAUAAGGUUGCCCAAAGAAAAACUGGUUGAUACCAACGGAGCAGGGGAUGCGUUUGUUGGAGGUUUUCUAUCUCAGUUAGUUCAAGAGAAACCAGUCGAAGACUGUGUGAAAGCGGGCAACUAUGCCGCGAAUGUUGUCAUCCAAAGGUCUAGCUGCACCUACCCAGAGAAGCCUGAUUUCAAUUAAGCCAUUCCUUUUGUGUCUGUCUCCACUUCCUAUGUGUUAUUUAAAAUUUUGAUUGUUUAGAAGUCUAUUUCUAGUAUUCUAUCUUUGUAUUUGCUUAUUAAUUAUUAUAGUCAUUUGGAUGGACUAUGCAUCCGGAAAUUGCCCACUAAACCUAGUUAUUUGGUAUGGGAUUUUUAACCCCCAACCCUUUCUUUGAACAAGUGAGAAGAAAUUUUAUACGUUAUAUUGUGUUGAGGAAUGCUA